AUGCGGAUGUUCAUGGUGUUUCUCGGCAUAAUGGCCACCAAGCUUGUAGCUUUACCGUCAGACGUGCAUGUAAAACGUUCAGUAAAUGACCAUACCAUUGAAUACACGAUGUCACAGAUUCCCGAGCAACCAAACCCCGAAAAGAAAUUCAGAAUCCUAGGGAGAGAUGAAAAAGAUGCUAAUCAAAUACUUUGUGCAGAAAACUCGGGAAGAAUCAACGACCUGGUACGGACGUACAGCAUUACUCCAACUGGCGAACAUACCGAUUCUCUCCAAAAAUUUUCAACCCCGUCCAAUCGUUUAACUCGUGUCAUGAGCGAAGGGCUACCCGGCAAACAUGUAAAGAGAGGUCUCCAUUACAAGCAUUUUCUAGGCCGACCUCACUGGAAACAUGGACCUCCGCAUCACCAUCAUAGAGUAAUCUUUUCACCCACCCCAUUGGGUCCACCCACCACAUCAUCCUCACCCUCACCCUCACCCUCACGUGAAUUUCCGGCACCCAGGCAGACCGUAGUAAGGUUCGGCGCGAGGUUAGGGUUAAGUUGA